AUGUCUCCUCGCAAGCAGACGAGCCAGCCAAUCGAGGACACUAUUCCAGGGAAGUUUGGUCCCCACCCGCCGUCCAUGAUCAUGGAGGAUGACCUUAUAGGCGUCCACUUCCUUUGCGGCGAACAGUCACCAGAGGAUCCUAUGGAAGGGUACUGUUGUGCCUACGAGGUCAUGUUCUCCAACUGCGGGCUUUACUUGCCGCUGCCGGAGCUUCUAGUAAACGCAAUGUAUGUCUUGGGCGUAUCACUUCCGCAGUUAUGCCCGAACUUCAUCCGUACCAUCCUAUGCCUUCAGACUUUAGCGGAAGAGCACGUGUACCUCCUGACUUUCCAAGACGUCCUCCAUUUGUACACCAUUAAAGGAGGGAGAACUAAAGGGACCUUCUACCUCAGUCCACUGGCCGGGUUCCGGGUUCUAGACGACUUACCCGAGAAGGAUGAUAACUGGCGGAGUGGUUACUUCUACUUCCCUGUUGACAGCUUCACAUUCGGAGAACUGGCGGACUUAUUUAUUCCAAAGUGGUCCCUGAAAAUUGCUAACCUAGAGCGAGGCUCCCUAUCCUGCACCUUUGCUGACUGCUUUCUAAGCUUCUGCGGUGGUCAGACUGCUUGGGACUCCUUCCCCUCCCACAGAAUUCAGGAGUCCGGAGCCCGCAAUCCCACCAGCUCUCUCGUCACCAGCUCUCCGCAGCCCGUACGCCCCCGAAACAUGAACUAUCGAGAGGAAAGAGCCUACAAGAAGCAGGCGGAGAUCCGAGAGAGGGAGCUGAAGAAACAGAUGGCUGCUGCUCUUGCUGAGGGAAAGUCUAAGACUCUUGCGAAGGAGGAGAGCCCCUGCUCAACUGCUCCACCUGAACCUCGGGGUCACCUAUUGGUGGCUGCGCUUGAUUCUACGUCUGCUUCGGGGGAUGCCAUCUCCGAGCCCCCCACUCAUGCAAGCACCCAAGAGGGAAAAGAAGCGAGCGAGGCUUCCAAGAAAAGGAAGGCCCCGGACUCAACUCCGGUAUCUCAGGAGACUUCUUGCCCCCGCACGAGUGAUUCGGCGAAGCGACCUGAAACUAGCUCGGCCGCGAAACGAGCUGAAGCCAGUUCGAAGGGGACUACUCCCCUUCCCCCCGCUGCUGGCCAGAAAGGCGAACCUCGGCGCGAGUUACCAGACAUGAUGCGUAGUUUCAGCCGACCUGGAGCUCGGGUGCCCUUCUUCCAGGACAUGGUCAAAGUCAACUGGGAGAAUUACUUCCAUUUUGCGGAGAAGGUUAGGGAGACCCUGAUUGAGUUCAACAGUGCGGUCGCGAGCUACGAGCACCAGUUGCUUUCCAACCCUGAUGCCAGGGAUGUCAAGAAACUUCGUUCCCCUAUUUCUGAACUAGAGAAGCGGGUUAAACGCCUCACUGCUGCCGAAGCGGCGAACCACCUUGAGGUUGAAAGAGCUAAGAAGUCCAACUCCCGCCUGAAGCUAGUGGAGUCCGAGCAAUGA